AAAGUCGCUGAGAAAGCCCGGAGAGUCCGGGUGGAAAGCUCUCUGUACAUAAGCUCCUUGUUACCUUCUGGGCGUACCUGCGUUUUCGCAUGCGAUCGGCAGAAUAGCUGCGAGGGAUAAACAAUCAAGCAUCUACUUCUCUGCUCAAACAUGCCAUACUGGGCAGUCUUGUUUCCGCGUGUGCAGGUACCAUUCUACCUUGGGUUCGUUUUCUGUGCGGAAUGUCAAUGCUGCCUGCAACAUGAGCCGGAACUAGGCAACCCUGCGAAACAGAAGCCCAUAAAGCCAGGCAAGAAAGCUAAAGACGCAACCAUCCGGUCGCCCUUGCAUGGAGAAAUGCUGGUCUUGACCUUAUUUGGUGUUCUGAUUGGUAGACACCUUCCCCUCCAAGAGACCUGCCAGCUGUCCCAGCCUCCAACAUUUGGUUCCGAGUCUCACAUUUCUCUUGCACACUUGUACAGCCUACGCUACCAACCCUGCCUUUCGCGUGCCGUGCCUACCAUCAUCGGUAGUGCUUGCAUGCCUGUCGCAUGUCGAUGAACGUGUCAAAGAGGUUGGGCUGGGCUGUGCAGAUGUCCCGCAUUCUGGAGAGAUGGACUUUUCUUUCUGCAUGGUAUCAAACAUCAUGACUUUCGUGCAUUUCAAUCUUACCCUGAGUUGAGACUUUGAUUGCGCCUCUCUUUGUCCUUGUU